CCCGCCCGGGGGAGCGCGCCGGGGAGAGUGGGUUUCCCUUCCGGAGUAACCGCCGCCCCCCCGCCCGCCGGGUUCGCUUCCGGCUCCGUCCGGGGGGGGGGGGGGCCCGUUCCUGGCGCCGCUGCCGAGGGGAGCGCGGGGUCCAUGGAGCCGCGGCUGUGAGGCGCCCCCGGCCCGGGCCCAUUGCGGGAGCCGGGCGGAGGCCGGAGCCGGGAGCCGCCGGAGCCGGAGGAGAUGGACAAACUGACCAUCAUCUCAGGAUGCCUCUUCCUGGCCGCCGACAUCUUCGCCAUCGCCAGCCUGGCGAACCCGGACUGGAUCAACACCGGCGAGUCCGCGGGUGCUCUCACAGUUGGCCUUGUGCGACAGUGUCAAACCAUCCAUGGACGUGACAGGACCUGUAUUCCUCCACGGCUGCCUCCUGAGUGGGUCACUACGUUAUUUUUCAUCAUUAUGGGAAUCAUUUCACUAACUGUCACAUGUGGUUUGCUGGUGGCUUCCCACUGGCGAAGAGAAGCUACUAAAUAUGCCCGCUGGAUAGCUUUCACUGGAAUGAUUCUAUUCUGUAUGGCAGCCCUAAUAUUUCCAAUAGGAUUUUACAUCAAUGAAGUUGGAGGUCAACCAUAUAAAUUACCCAAUAACACAGUGGUUGGGUCUUCGUAUGUACUGUUUGUCUUAUCCAUUUUCUUUACAAUAGUGGGACUUCUAUUUGCUGGCAAAGUUUGUUUACCUGGCUGAUGAAUGUCUGAACUGCAGGACUUUAUUUUGGCAAAGAGCAAGACAUCAGAAUUGCAUUCUCAGGAGGAUGCCUAGAUCAGACUAUCAAACACUUACUGAAAAGAGGAAUGCUUUGACUUGUUCUCACUAUGCACUUUGGAUGAAAAAAAGGAGAGCCUUUCCCAUAACCAAAUACAGACAGCGUUGACUAAUCUCCUGAGCAUAUUUAAUGCAGUCAGGUCUGCACUGUGAUAGGCACUAGUGAAGAAUGCUUUACACUGAGAAGCAUAAUGCCCCACGUUACUGUACUGUUCCUGUUUUUAACGUCUAACGAUUUGGAAGUCAAAGUAUUUAUGAACUUUGUGGUAGACCAGAGGGUUGCAGAGGAAUUCAAGUGAGGCUGGCCUCGCUGUUUAGGAGAUUAGUAUUCUACAUCUUCCUUCUGAUGAGCAAAGCCUUUGGCACCAACGUGGAUCAAUCUUGCAUUACUGCACCAAGAAGCCAAUAGAUCAAAACACGUUCUCUAAAUGUAUGUAACAGCAAGAAGACAUACAUCCCCUCCUCCCCCAUAAGCUCUAGAAAAACACUAAGGAACGUUUUAGAGGGGGAUUUCUUCCUUAUAUUUAUAUAAAUAUAUAUAUAAAUAUAUAUAUAUUUUGCUGAUGCAGUAUACAGUGUGUGUGUAUGUGUGUGUGUGUGUAUACACAUAUAUGUAUAUAUAUGUAUAUACACACAAGUGGUUCCUGGAAAAGAACUCAGAACGCUUUGCUAGCAAAACACUGUGGUGUGCAAAACUAGAACUCAAUAGAAAAAAGCCAUUUCUCUGAAGGCCACAUAGCUGAGAGUCUUCAGUUUACCUCAUUCUUUGUAGCAGCCCUUGAUUUUAACAGUUUUUGUAAUAGGUACAAACGAUCCCAUGCCUUUCUAGGUGCAAUUUUAAGUUAAGCUAAAAUUCUUUUUAUGGUAAUUUAUUUGUAUAUGAGGGUAGAAGGUGAGAUCAUGUCAUACUUAAAGUUAAAAUCCUAAUUUUGGGAAACUGACACUAUUUAAAUUAUUAGCAACUGUUGUACAGAAAGUCUCUUUUUCUACUGCGUUGUUACAUUAGCAUUCAUACAUGUUCAAGCACAGCAUUUUACCAUAGGUAAGCAUUUCUCUAGCACAUGUAAAAUGUAAUGUUUAAAGUAAUGCAAACACUAUCCCACUGCAAAGAUGUAUUAAUUUAUUUUCAUUUUAAUUAUUAAUUCAUCUUUAAAACAAAUGAGCAAUAUAAUUGUUUGAAUAAUUUAUGCCUUGUUUACUAAAGUUGUUAUUUUAAAUGUGGAUUUAAGGGCCACCCAAAUUGGGAGUAAAUAUUCCUCACUAAAGGUAGUUUUAUUUUUCAACACAAGGAUAAACCUUUGAAUCCAUAGACCUCUUAAUUCACCACUCAGUCUAACCUUGCAGAAAGUACAGUUUAGUGUCCCAGGUAAGCUGUCUGCACUAUCGGCGCUGUUUCAUUGAGCUUAUUAGAAGAACUGCGUUACUGAGUAGACAUUUUUCUAAAAUGUUAGUGAAAGUGUAUUUUAGAAUGAGGUUGUUGGUAAAAUGUAAUUAGCAGUUUCCAAAAUAAUCGCUUAUCAGAUAAGCUUAAGUGUUUGAAAGUAAGACGGUUUGCACAAUUCGUUUAAACUACGUGCCAUUCAGACCUUAGUGGAUCCCUGUCUUCCUCCUCCACCUCUUCACUCUCCCCCUCCCAAGGUAUUUUAAUGCAAAAAGGUUAUUUGCUGAAUUAAAUAUUUUUUCUUUUGGCAUUUUUCAACAAACUUGUCAUCAGAAUGGUCUAUAAGCAACUUUUUUUUUCCGGCCAGCUCACUCACAGAUAGAAGGGAGUGUUUACAGAUCACUCAAUUUUUCUAAAGUAUGCUAAUCUGUAAAUACAGCCAGGCACCUACUUGGAAGUAAUGGUUUAAGUACGAUUUGGUUUCUAAUUUAAGCCUUCGUAAGUCCCCAGUGAUGUUGGUGAAGAUAAAAUGCAAGGGUCAGCUGCUGGAUGUGUGUCUGAAUUUCUGGUGUUAUCACUGCUGUAUCCUAAGCUGAAGUAUUCACUAAAACUUAGACCAUAAAUUAUGUUGCGGAAAAAGAAAAGCUAAUUUUUUCAGAAAUGUCAUUCUUGUAAAUAGUUCUAGGAGACUUUUGUAACUGGAACACAGGUGGGGGGGGAGAGUUUCUCAUCUGCUAAUAUUUCUCGCUCCCCAGCUUACUUAUUUCAGUUAUAAUGACAUCAUGUAUACAGUGGAUUUAGGCUUAGAUUAAAUGGAUCAUCAUUUAAAAAAAAAAACAGUAUAAACACUUAUCUUGGAGCAUACCCAGACUGUGGCUGGCUGGCUGGAAAUUAAUCUGAUCUGCCAGUGCUAUUGCUAUGAAUUAUUAAAUGAUAGCAGAGGUUUAACGAGUAGAUUGUUUGAUUAAAUAUUUCAACAUUUUAAGUCCAGAAAUAGGUGCAGCCAUCCGCAUUUUAAAAAAACCCACCCAGUAAUUGAAGAGACAGCUGUCAACAGUUGCUUUUAAUAAGGUCACUAAGUACUAUAUAGUACAGUAUUAAUUUAUAGCAGAAAAUCAUAUCUUGUAAACUGUAUAUAAAACACUGUUUUAUGGUGCAAUCAUUUGUCAAACUUAUGUCUGUUACUUUUGUUUUAAAGUUGUGUGCGUUCUUUUCAUACCUAAGAGCAUCACUGUAAAAUCUGCUGAAGACUAUUUAUAGGUUUUAUUUGCACAAGGUUUUGUUUUAAACUACAGGAAGUUCGUAUUGAACAUGCCUGAACAUCUGUAGACUUUUUCAGUUCAUGAAAAGCAAAUGUUUCCGUAUGAAUCUUUCUCCAAAGGUAAUCCUGUAUUUGUGUUGAGUGUUUACAUAAACUUUUCUGAUUCUGCCAGCUGUUAUUUUUAACUUUUUGAAGGACAGCUCAUUUCAUGUGUCACUAGAGAUUCUUAUUUAGUCUUUUGCUUCAGAAUUCCCUCAAAGGUUUGAUGUCCCACCAUAAUGUAAUUUGGGCACGCUUUGUCAUUUACUUGGCUAACAAAAUGUAAGAUCGGAAACUUAAAAUACCUUCGGAAUGAGAACUAGUUAAUUUGUUUGUGUAAAUCUUACUGUUGAGCUCAGCUGAAAUAAUCGCCUGGAAGCUGUUUGUCUCAGACCUGUGGAGGGCGUGCUUCCCUGAAUGCUCCAGUCUAACCAUUUAACAUCGUUUUUCGUUGUUAAUCUUGCUGGCGAGUGAUACGAGUUUCCCGAAGACGCUGUGAGUGUGCACCACCACCUCAGCCCCGUCCUCUGGCUGCAGGAACGCUGCCAGAUUCGGGCCCUCCUGUCAUGCCUGUGUUUCAGAGCCGUUGUUUAACCACUUCAGAACACAACUGUAGAUUACCGUUUGCCCCAACACACACACACACAAAAAAAAAAAAAAAGCUGUCCUUUAAAACCUUUGUGAAGGAUGAAAAUAAUGAAGGAAAUGGUGUCUGCAAGUGGGUUGUCCUGCCUGGGCGUCGCGUCGCUCCCCGCUCGAGGCCUGACCGUCUGCGUCCCCCGCCCCGGCCUUUACUGAGGAUUGUUUUCUAAUUGGUUAGAACAUUUUUCAAUUAAUGAUUUCCGAACAAAUGUUAAUACAAACUGUAUAAAAUGAACAUAAUUUUCUUCACUUGUAUUUUUGUUAUUGAGCAAGUUUAUCAAAAUAAAUUGUCUACUAAAGCGACUGGCCCUGGCUGCGCUGACUGGAACGGGUCGGUGAGUGCCGGGAGGGGCCUUGGCCUGAGGAUGCUGAGGGAGCCUGGGGGGUCCCUG